AUGGAGCUGAGCUACGGCCUCUUCAUCUGCUCUCUGCUGUGUGUGGGCACAGAGCUGUGCUCCCCACAACCUAUCUGGAUCUCGGCUGGGCCCACCCAGCUGCUGCUGCCUGCAUCCCCCGUGGAAGUGGAGUGUCUGGAAGCCCAACUGGUGGUCGCUGUCAGCAGGGACCUUUUUGGCACCGGGAAGCUAAUCCAGCCUGCUGACCUCAGCCUGGGCCCUGAGGGCUGUGAACCCCUGUUCUCUGUGGGCACCGCUGAUGUGAUCAGAUUUGAGGUUGGCCUGCAUGAGUGUGGUAACGGUGUGCAGGUGACAGAUGAUGCCCUGGUGUACAGCACCUUCCUSCUCCAUGACCCCCAUCCCAUGGGAAACCUAUCCAUUGUGAGGACCAACCGCGUGGAGAUUCCCAUUGAGUGCCGCUACCCCAGGCAGGGCAAUGUGAGCAGCCAGGCCAUCUGGCCCACCUGGGUGCCCUUCAGGACCACAGUGUCUUCAGAGAAGCAGCUGAUUUUCUCUCUGCGCCUGAUGGAGGAGAACUGGACCUCUGAGAAACUGUCCCCCACCUUCUACCUGGGAGACACCGCCUACAUCCUGGCCGAUGUCCACACUGGCAGCCACCCGCCACUGCACCUGUUUGUAGACCACUGUGUAGCCACCCCGACCCCAGACCAGAGCGCCUUGCCUCGGCACAGCAUUGUGGACUUCCAUGGUUGCCUGGUGGACGGUCUCUCUGAUGGCUCUUCUGCAUUCCAAGCUCCCAGGUCUAAGACCGAUGUUCUCGGGUUCACCAUGGAUGUGUUCCACUUCGCUAACGACUCCAGAAAUACGAUCUACAUCACCUGCCAUCUGAAGGUCAUUCCUGCCCACCAACCCCCGGAUCAACUCAACAAAGCCUGUUCCUUCAACAAGUCCUCCAACAGCUGGUCGCCAGUCGAAGGCUCUGCUGAGAUCUGUGAAUGCUGCGGCAGGGGGGACUGUGGCACACCAGGCUCUUCCAGGAGGCAGUCCCCUGUCCAGGGGCCCAAGGCCACGUCACGAAACCGCAGACAUGUGACUGAAGAAGCAGAUAUCACCGUGGGGCCACUGAUUUUCCUGGGAAAGGCUGACGACCGUGGCGACCAUGGUGUGGAGGGUUGGCAUACUCCUGCUCACGCCUCCAUGGCGCUGGGCCUGAGCCUGGCUGUGGUGGCGUUCCUGACCCUGGCUGCUGUUGUCCUGGGUUUUGCCAGGAGGUGCCACACUGCUUCCCACCCCGUGUCCACUCCUUAA